UCAAUACAUAAAACAGUUUUUUAUUGCAAUACGAAUAAAUUGGCGUUUCAAGAAAAACGUUGCCGUUUGAGUCGGAUUCUGAAAACAAUAGUAAAAUAGUAUUUCGUGUGAUGCAAGCGGUAUUUAAUCAUCUGUUCAUUCAAUAUAAUGGUGUUUAUCGAGUAAUAACUGUUUCGACUUUUGUUGCGUUAUAUCUUUUGUAUGACAUGUUAGGACAUUCAGGACCUUCCUAUGCCAUACCGAGGAAGCAAUCCAUCAAUACAUCAUGCCAUUAUACGAAUUUUGAGGACGCACUAGAAGCCGCAGACGCCAAGUUUUCUUUGCCACUCUGGUCUAUAUUCUUCAUCGAAUCCUCAUGCCACGGAGGCCUGAACUCGCGCCAGGCCUGCAGCAUCGAGUCUGCUGCCAGGGCACACCCUCUAUGGCAGAUCACUGUCUUCUUCCUAUCUCCAGUUUCCGAGCAUACUCUAAACCACAGCUGUCUUCGAACUCUCAAACAAUUUAGAAACGUCAAGUUUGUUAGAAUUAAAAUAAAAGAAUUUACUGAAGACACACCUCUGGAAUCAAUGAUAUCGGAGAAACAUCUUCAAAACAGUUCAUUCCCGGUAGAAAACUAUUCGAAUGCUUUGCGAUAUUUGAUUUUAUAUAAAUGGGGAGGAAUAUACUUGGACACGGACAUGCUGGUGAUAAAAAGCUUGUCGCCUCUGGGUGCCAAUUGGGUUGGGACGGAAGAUCGCAGGCAUAUUAAUGCUGCAGCUUUGGGAAUAUCUUCAGAUACUAUUGGGACACAGUUUGCCGCCGAUCUCCUUGGGGAGUUCACAAGAGAAUACAAAGCUCGCGUUUCGGGUGCCAAUGGCCCAAAGUUGAUUACCAGGGUUCUAGAAAAGAAUUGGUGCUACCCAUAUCAGUUCAAGGAAUGGUCGACCAUGACUUGCAGGGGAAUAAGCGUCUACAGUCCUAGGUUAUUUUACCCAGUACACUACAGAAAAGGAAGAGAACUUUUUGAAAGUUCAAACUUGGAUAUAUUAAAUAAUGUCACUUAUGCCGUUCAUACGUGGAAUCGUUUGACAAAAAACUAUACAAUAUCAAAUAAUUCGCCGUAUGAAAGAUUAGCGAAACGGUAUUGUCCAAGUAUUUAUAACUUUUACGGAAAUAAAUUUGGAGAAUAGAAGAAAUAAGUUUUGUUUUGCAUCACCAACCAGCUCUCUUGCCGCACUGGGGUCACGGUGCUGCAACAAGUUCUGGACUAGGAUCUGCUGCCCUAGUUCAGAAUCUGCUAGCCAAGUCAGAUCUUA